UACCAACCAGAGAAGCAAAGGUAGGAAAGAGAAACGCCAGAGUUAGCCGGAAAAGUUCGCCAAAGUUUCUUCGCCGGAAUUGUUCGCCGGUUCAAGGAGGCAGGUUUUCUUAGUGAAGGUUUCUACAUAAGAUGGAUCCCAGAUAUGCAGGUGAAACUCUAAAGCAUUUAGAGAAACAAUACGAUCUCCUUAUGGAGGCACAUAGUUCAUUGUCAGACGAAUUGCAUACUCUUAAGGUUGAGGAAGAAAUGCUGAUGCUCAAGUUCUACGAAGUCAUGGCUGCUCAUGGACUAACAAAAAGGGGAGCCACUAGUAAGGGUGGUGAUCUAGAUAACCCACAGAAGAGUGAACAAAGAAGUUUAGUUCUUGCAACCAACAAUGAGCAGUAAUGGCUGUAAGAACUCUGUGAAGGUGGUGGGUUUUGACAUAUUUUGGAUCUCUACAUCUAAUGGUUGAUGAUUUUAUCAAGUGCAUGUGAAUGUCAAUACUAUACUCUCUCCGUCCCGUUUUAAAUCGCCUGUUUUGACUUUUGGGCAUAUUUAAGAAAUAGAAAAAAUAGAAUUGAUUUUUCGAAAUUGUCAUUAAUUUUUAGAAGGGGUGACUAUGAAUUAGAAGAUAAGGUGAUGAAGGAUGACUUAUUUUAGGGGUAGUUUAGGUAUUUUAUUUUUAAAAGUUUACGAUAACAACUAACAGACAACUUAUUUUGGGACGGAGAAAAAAAGCAAACAAGCAAUU